CGUUGCUGACUCGUUUUUGUUGUUUCGACAUAACACGGUGCUGAGGUUAGAAGCAGUUAGAAGCAUGCGAGUUCUUCGAAUACGUGGUACAUCUUUAUGAGAGCUGCAAUUACGGGCGACGAUCAGGAUGUUUCGAUCGGCGAAGGGUUUGAUCUUCGCGCUGCGUCGCGCGAAGAAUCGCCGUCUGCACACAUGCGGCCAACAGUUGUCGGAGGUCACCGAAUAUGAAUCUCCUAUCACGGACGAGUAUAAAAAGGGUCCGAUGGAGGGUAGAGCCCUUUACCUGGACGCCCAAGCCACCACUCCACUGGAUCCCCGAGUGUUGGAUAAGAUGAUGCCGUAUCUGACGGUGUACCACGGUAACCCACAUUCCAGAACUCACAUGUACGGUUGGGAAUCAGAGGCGGCGGUCGAGCACGCUCGCCAGCAAGUCGCAGAUCUGAUAGGAGCGGACAAGAAGGAGGUGAUAUUCACGUCCGGAGCGACGGAAUGCAACAAUAUUGCCGUGAAAGGAGUAGCGAGGUUCUACAAAUCCAAGAAAAAUCACGUUGUGACGACCCAGACAGAGCACAAGUGCGUAUUGGAUUCAUGUAGAGCCUUGGAAGCGGAGGGAUUUGAUGUAACGUACAUUUCCGUCAAAUCAAAUGGUCUUAUCGACCUGAAUGAACUGGAAGCAGCCAUUAGGCCAUCCACAUCACUGGUUUCUGUAAUGAUGGUGAAUAACGAGAUUGGAGUCAAGCAGCCUAUUGAAGAAAUCGGUGCCAUUUGCAGGAAGAAAAAGGUCUUUUUCCACACGGAUGCCGCGCAGGCCAUCGGUAAAGUGCCGAUCGAUGUUAACGCUAUGAAUAUUGAUCUCAUGUCUAUCAGUGGUCACAAGUUAUAUGGCCCAAAAGGUAUUGGAGCCUUAUACGUUAGAAGAAGGCCGCGGGUGCGGGUGGAGCCGUUGCAAAGCGGUGGUGGACAAGAGAGGGGGAUGAGAAGCGGUACCGUGCCGGCACCCCUGGCCGUAGGACUGGGCGCCGCUUGCGAGUUGGCGCAGACGGAGAUGGACUACGAUCACAGAUACAUCAACACGCUGUCGAAUCACCUGAUCGAAAAGAUAAUGUCGAAUUUGCCGCAAGUCGUGCGUAACGGCGACCCGGUGGCCUGGUAUCCCGGCUGCGUGAACCUGUCGUUCGCGUGCGUGGAGGGCGAGUCGCUGUUGAUGGCCCUGAAGGACGUGGCGCUGAGCAGCGGUUCGGCCUGCACCAGCGCGAGCCUGGAGCCCAGCUACGUGCUGAGGGCGAUCGGCGCCUCGGAGGAUCUGGCACAUUCCAGUAUCAGAUUCGGCAUCGGACGAUUUACAACGCUCGAGGAAGUCGACUACACGGCGGAGAGUACGAUACAGCAAGUGAAGCGACUUCGGGAGAUGAGCCCGCUGUGGGAGAUGGUGGAAGAUGGUAUCGACCUGAAGACUAUCAAAUGGACGCAGCACUAGUGGCCUCGUUAUCGUGUAGCCUUUACGAAACUUAAGUAUACAUAGUAUGUAUAUUGAUCAAUUGUAUAAUAAUCGUAAAUCACAUUAAUAGGUCAAGCCUAGUCGAUUAAGUGAUGAUAAUUCCGCAGCGUGUAAUAAAUUUUCAAUCGAGAA